AUGCAAUCUAGCUAUCCUAGACCCUAUGCUAAAGGAGAUCCAUGGUUUGAGGACGGAAAUAUAGUUUUGCUCACUGAUCUGGACCCCGAACCUGUGGCAUUCAAGGUUCAUCGUGGCGUUCUUGCAAGGCAUUCCGACAUCUUCAGCGAUAUGAUGGCACUCCCUCAACCCGAACUCUCCGUCUUCAGCGAUACUGUUGAUGACUGCACGGUCGUUCACAUGCAAGAUAUUCCAUCCGAACUGUCCAUCUUGAUCAAGGCUCUUUAUGACGGAAUCGAGUUCGGUGACGGCAACCUGAACGAUUUUCUGGUUAUCGCCGCUAUCCUACGUCUCUCAACGAAAUACUUCGUCGGAAAUUUGAGGACUAAGGCCGUACGGUUUCUUUCGUCAUCGUGGGCGCAUACUCUCGAAGGUCACGAUGCCUUCGUUGAACGAGCUACCUCCGCGCCUUCCGUAGAGGGCAUGUCCUUCCCGUACGUCCAUCCCCUGCAUGUGCUCAAUCUGGCUCGCGAAACAAACGUGAGGAUACUGGUGCCUUCCGCGCUCUACUUCCUGUCGCUGUACCCUCUCGCGGAUAUCCUCAGCGGCAAUCACCCGAAGCUCGUCUCUUCGAGUCCAUCUGCGCCAUCGUCCACCAUCGGCCACGGAGACUUCGUGGCCUGUGCACUGCUGUCCCAAUACCGGGUCGACAUCAUCCUCGACUUCAUACGCGAUUUCUGCAACAUUCGCAGAUGCACCUCCGGCGCACAUCCAAACCUGGCGGACACGGCGGACGCUGCUAUUGCGCUAACAUGCAGCCGUGCUUUCGCGUCUGUAGCCUCCCGUCUCUCGCGUUCCUGGAAUGUCCGGACUGGCCCGCUGUACCUCAUUGCACAAGCGAUGCAGGAGGUCUCUCAGCGCGCGAGCAUAUGCGACAAGUGCAAACAUCAGUUUCGUACAGAUGCCAAGAGCCGCCGAAGAGAAAUAUGGGAUGGCAUACCGGCCGUCAUCGGGAUGCCGAGUUGGGAAGAACUGAUUGCAAUGGACUUGCCUGAUCGGACAUAA